ACGAACUGAUAACUGCAUUAUUUAUUCAACAUUUUAAAUAAUGGCAUUUUUUUUCAAAGACAAAAGAUCCAGAGCUUCACCUUUUUCUGAAUGAUUACACUUCAGUCUUCACGGUUACUCAGACUGGUAUCAUUCGCUACCUCACCUUACUACAACCAGUGGACAGGGAAGAACAGCAAACUUACACCUUUUCGAUAACAGCAUUUGAUGGUGUACAAGAAAGUGAGCCAGUUAUUGUCAAUAUCCGAGUGAUGGAUGCAAAUGAUAACACCCCAACGUUCCCUGAAAUAUCCUAUGAUGUCUACGUUUAUACAGAUAUGAACCCUGGAGACAGUGUCAUACAGCUCACUGCAGUCGACGCAGACGAAGGGUCAAAUGGGGAGAUCACAUAUGAAAUCCUGGUUGGGGCUCAGGGAGACUUCAUCAUCAAUAAAACAACAGGGCUUAUCACCAUCGCUCCGGGGGUGGAAUUGAUAGUCGGGCGGACUUACGCGCUCACAGUCCAAGCAGCGGAUAAUGCUCCUCCUGCAGAGAGAAGGCACUCCAUAUGCACCGUGUACAUUGAAGUACUUCCACCAAAUAAUCAAAGCCCUCCUCGCUUCCCACAGCUGAUGUAUAGUCUUGAAAUCAGUGAAGCCAUGAGGAUUGGUGCUGUUUUAUUAAAUCUACAGGCAACUGAUCGAGAGGGAGAUCCAAUAACGUAUGCCAUUGAGAAUGGAGAUCCUCAGAAGGUUUUUAAUCUUUCUGAAACUACUGGGAUUCUAACCUUAGGGAAAGCACUGGACAGAGAAAGCACCGAUCGCUACAUUCUGAUUAUCACAGCUUCAGAUGGCAGGCCAGAUGGCACUUCAACUGCCACAGUAAAUGUGGUGGUGACAGAUGUCAAUGACAAUGCUCCAGUGUUUGAUCCCUACCUACCUAGAAAUUUAUCUGUGGUGGAGGAAGAAGCCAAUGCCUUUGUGGGUCAAGUAAGGGCAACAGACCCUGAUGCUGGAAUAAAUGGUCAAGUACACUACAGUUUGGGUAACUUCAAUAACCUUUUUCGCAUUACAUCCAAUGGGAGCAUUUACACAGCAGUGAAGCUUAACAGAGAAGUCAGGGACUACUAUGAACUUGUUGUUGUGGCAACAGAUGGAGCAGUACACCCUCGUCAUUCAACUCUAACACUGGCCAUCAAGGUUUUGGAUAUUGAUGAUAAUAGUCCUGUGUUCACCAAUUCAACAUACACUGUCGUUGUGGAAGAAAAUCUGCCAGCUGGGACCACCUUCCUUCAAAUAGAGGCCAAAGAUGUUGACCUUGGAGCAAAUGUGUCUUAUCGGAUAAGAAGCCCAGAAGUGAAGCACUUGUUUGCACUACAUCCAUUUACAGGAGAACUAUCCCUUUUAAGGAGUUUAGAUUACGAGGCAUUUCCAGACCAAGAAGCAAGUAUCACGUUUCUGGUGGAGGCCUUUGAUAUUUAUGGAACGAUGCCACCUGGUAUUGCUACUGUCACGGUGAUAGUAAAGGAUAUGAAUGAUUAUCCUCCUGUUUUCAGUAAACGAAUCUACAAAGGGAUGGUGGCUCCAGACGCGGUCAAGGGUACACCAAUCACAACAGUUUAUGCUGAAGAUGCAGACACUCCUGGAUUACCUGGAAGUCGUGUGAGGUAUAGAGUAGAUGAUGUCCUGUUUCCUUACCCUGCCAGUAUUUUUGAUGUAGAAGAAGAUUCUGGAAGAGUAAUAACUCGAGUUAAUCUUAACGAAGAACCUACAACAAUUUUUAAGUUGGUGGUGGUUGCUUUUGAUGAUGGUGAGCCUGUGAUGUCCAGCAGUGCCACAGUGAAAAUUCUUGUUUUACAUCCUGGAGAAAUCCCACGUUUCACACAAGAGGAAUAUAGACCUCCUCCAGUAAGUGAACUUGCCACCAGAGGGACCAUGGUUGGUGUAAUUUCUGCUGCGGCCAUUAAUCAGAGCAUUGUGUACUCCAUUGUUUCAGGAAAUGAAGAAGAUAAGUUUGGAAUUAAUAAUGUCACAGGCGUUAUCUACGUGAAUGCCCCUCUGGAUUAUGAGACCAGGACCAGCUAUGUACUUCGAGUCCAGGCUGAUUCCCUGGAAUUGGUCCUUGCCAAUCUUCGAGUUCCUUCAAAAAGCAAUACAGCUAAAGUAUACAUUGAAAUUCAGGAUGAAAAUGAUCAUCCCCCAGUGUUUCAGAAAAAAUUCUACAUUGGAGGUGUAUCUGAAGAUGCAAGAAUGUUUGCUUCUGUGCUCAGAGUUAAGGCUACUGAUAAAGAUACUGGCAAUUACAGCGCCAUGGCAUACAGACUCAUAAUACCACCAAUUAAAGAAGGAAAAGAAGGAUUUGUAGUGGAAACAUAUACAGGGCUUAUCAAAACUGCUAUGCUCUUCCAUAAUAUGAGGAGAUCCUACUUCAAGUUUCAAGUUAUCGCAACUGAUGACUAUGGGAAGGGACUGAGCGGCAAAGCAGAUGUACUUGUCUCUGUGGUCAAUCAGCUGGAUAUGCAAGUCAUUGUUUCCAAUGUGCCCCCUACUCUAGUGGAAAAAAAGAUAGAAGAUCUUACAGAGAUUUUGGACCGCUAUGUUCAGGAGCAAAUUCCUGGUGCCAAGGUUGUGGUGGAGUCUAUUGGUGCUCGCCGACAUGGAGAUGCCUUUUCCCUAGAAGAUUACACCAAAUGUGACUUGACUGUCUAUGCAAUUGACCCCCAAACCAACAGAGCCAUUGACAGAAAUGAACUAUUUAAAUUUUUGGAUGGCAAACUGCUCGAUAUCAAUAAAGACUUUCAGCCGCAUUAUGGGGAAGGAGGACGUAUCCUGGAGAUCCGGACUCCAGAGGCAGUGACCAGCAUUAAAAAGAGAGGAGAAAGUCUAGGAUACACAGAAGGGGCCUUGCUGGCUCUGGCUUUCAUCAUCAUCCUCUGCUGCAUUCCUGCCAUCUUGGUAGUUUUGGUCAGCUACAGACAGUUUAAAGUACGCCAGGCUGAGUGCACCAAGACUGCACGAAUUCAAUCCGCUUUACCCGCGGCUAAACCAGCAGCGCCCGCCCCUGCACCUGUGGCAGCGCCCCCGCCCCCGCCGCCGCCUCCGGGGGCGCAUCUCUACGAAGAGCUCGGAGACAGCACAAUUUGGAGUUUUUGUUGGCAGCUGGUCAUAUGCAUGAGAACUUGUGCUAUUUGGCGGACUCUGACAAGGAGAGGUUAUACAUCAGAGCAACAACAACUGCUGAGGCCCUCUCUUCUUAAACCAGAGGAAUUAUCCAUGGAAUCUGGAAUUGAUCCUGGCCAGGAAUAUGGACAAGAUUAUUACAGUUAUGAGCAUGGGUAUGAAAUGCCUCAAUAUGGAAGUCGCCGCCGAUUGUUACCACCUGCUGGACAGGAGGAAUAUGGUGAGGUGGUUGGUGAAGCUGAGGAGGAGUAUGAGGAGGAAGAGUGGGCAAGAAAAAGAAUGAUCAAAUUAGUUGUCGAUCGAGAGUAUGAAAGUAGCUCAACUGGAGAAGAGAGCUCUACAGAAUGUCAGAGGAACCGCCUUCACAAUCCUAACAUCCACAGUAACAUCAAUGGCAAUAUAUAUAUUGCACAGAAUGGUUCUGUGGUGAGAACCCGCCGUGCCUGCCUCAUGGAUAACUUAAAAGUUUCUUCGCCUGUCCAACUGGGGAGGCACUUUAAGAAACUAGACAAGUUGGCAGUGACACAUGAGGAGAAUGUGCCCCUGAACACAUUAUCAAAGGGGCCAUUUUCUACUGAGAAAGUAAACACAAGACCAACUCUGGUUACGUUUGCCCCUUGCCCUGUGAGGACUGACAGUAUAGCAGCGAAGCCAUUGGGGAACAGACUGAAAAGCACAGUUGAACAGGAGUCCAUGAUUGACAGUAAGAACAUCAAGGAGGCUUUGGAAUUUCACAGUGAACACACACAGUCCGAUGAUGAAGAGCUUUGGAUGGGCCCCUGGAACAAUCUUCAUAUACCAAUGACGAAACUGUGACUGAUUUUUUAAAAAAAUUAUGUUAAUUUUUACUUCAGUUUUUAAUAAACUGUGCUUUUUAUUGUCACUGAGAAAACAAUGUAUGGAAUUUAUAUCAUGCACACAAGCUGAAACUUUGAACAAUACGCUUUAAAAUUUAAAAAGGAACAGAUUUGCACUCACAUUUGUAUCAAUUAUUAUAAUUGUUUUUUUUUUUCCCAGAAAAUCUAUUUGGACAGAUUCUCAAUUCACUAUAUAACAUGUCAUUUAAACAUUUAGCUGUUUUGUUGGGUCUUGAUUUUUUUUUUCAUUUUAAUAAACGAAAUAAUUUACUAAGUAAUCAUUUAUAUUUUGUUGAUUAACAUAGAUUACGCUUCUUUUCUAGCUUCACAGAACCUUUUUGGUACAUGUAAUUUUGCAUUCCAUAGGCAAAUGGGUCAAAAAUAUUAGAGGAUUUUUAUAGUUACUGAGUUUAUAUGGUUGCUGUCUGUACUGUUCUGGCUUUUUCUAAAUGAAAGAUGGAAUUGCAGAGUAAUAGUAAAUGUGGAAAUUACCUGUAAAUUACUUUAAAUCAUGAACUUAUUUUCCUUACUGCCCAAUAUAAAAUUUUGCAGAUUUUUACACACACACACACACACACACACACACACACACACCUUUCAAGGAACACAUGAAGUCAUAUCUCAUAUCCCUUUUCAUCAAUAUUAUUUACAAUCUUCCCUAGUGCCCCACUAAACAUUCUAUCCAUAUAAAAUAUAAAAGAUAAUUUAGUUUAGUCAUGUGAAGUUAAAAAACUUUUUGGAGCAACACAGAAUUCUCACCCUUAGCAAAAUCGUACUGAGAAAUGGGAAAAGGUCAAAUAGACAAUAAUGUAUCGAAACCAACAGUUUCAGUAUGGAAGACAUGGUAGGUCUCACACUAAUGUCAUUGGACAUGAAUAGUUUAUAAACUCAGCAUAAAGGAAUUGGGCAGGGUCAAGACUUUAUGUAAUAUGAAAAUGCCUAUAAAUCCAUAAUUCCAAAUGUAUUAUUGUAUUUAACUUUUUUCAUUUUCAGUUUAUUUAUAGAAUAUUUUAGUGCACACAUAUUGAUGUACUUAAAGUCCAGAGCCAGAAAAAUGUGAUUGCCUGGGCAUUUUUAAAUCAAGGAACACAUUCUUGAUUUUUUACCAUUGAACAAAGCACAGUCUUUCACCAUUAACAGAAGUGAAAACAUAAUAUUCUUUUUAAAAAAUUGCCUUGUGUGUUGCAUACUUUCCAGAUGUAAAAAGAAUGAAACAAUAUAGAUUAAGAGAUUCAGAAUUCUACUGAAUAUGACUGAGUAUGAUAUAGGUAUAGCUCACCUCAAAUUUUGCACAAUAUUGACCAAGUUCGGAUUUUAAUGAAAUUCUCACAUGCAUGCAUAUUAUAUGGUUGAAGGAUUGAAUAAUGCAAUAUUAUUUAUGCUCCCUUACAUGUUUCACAUUUUAAAAAUAGUUUGUUAUAUGCUAUUUCCUUUUUUCCAAAGUGAAUGAAUUGCAUUAACAUAAAAUUGCCAACUUAUAUGAAUAGUAUAUUUUUUAUUUCAGAUUUCCAAAAGUAUUUGGGAUCCAAUACAGUAACAUCUCAUUUACCUAAUUUUAUUGAAAAUUAAUACAUCCUAUACCCUUGCUAGAAAAACUAUCAGCAUUAACUGGGAGCUCAUUAAAAACAUAGAAUCAGGCCCAUAUCCCCAGGCCUACUACUAAAUAAGAGUUCACAUUUUCAUAAGACCCUGAGGUGGUUUAUAUGCAUAUUAAAUUUUGAGAAGCAAUGAUCUAUACUAUUGAAUUCCAGGGUUUACUCCUCCAAGCGCCAAAGUAAUUGUUUUUAGUAUAAAAUAUUUUGUAUAGAAAUUAGAUUAAGAAUAUUAUAUUUCCAUACUAGCUCAAACAGAGAUCACUGAAUAUAAUUUAAUGAUGCUCCAAGGCCAUCUCAAUAGCAUCCCAUGAUAUUCCCUUUGCAUACAGCUUUAUAUAAUUUUUCUGCCUUUAAUUUCCAGCUGUGAUAUUUAUGUUGUUGUGCCUUUCUCAAAGUUUUUCUUUCAGUCUGUAUCUUCUAAUAUCCUCAUGAAAAAGUUUGUGGUUUUUAUUUGUUUGCUUUGUUUUGUUCUUAUUUUAAAAAUCACUAAACCUGAGAUGGGGAUCAGGUAGGUGGAUACAAGCAAAAAUUGUGUGAUUCUCAGAAGAUUUCUUUGGUCACUAUUGGGAUAUGUGCACUGUUUUGGAAAUCUGAUGUUGGCAGAAGACAAAUGCUCUGAUAUAUGUCACUGUAUUUUAAAGUACAAUUUUUAUAAGAAAACAAAAAAAAUUUACAAGAGAAGACACAUUUCAGCAAUUUCAAGUAAAAAAAAUCCUUUCAGUAAAAAAUAAAAAAUCAUGAAGUUAGUCUAUCCCUUAGUUAAUGGAGACAGUAUAAAGAGAAGCAGGACUUAUGCAGAGCAACCAAAUCAAAUAUUUGGUGAGUAUAUUUUGGAGUAAAGUAUGCACAGUAGUAAAAAUAUUACUGACCAAAUAAGUCUGGACCAAUUAAAUAGUUACUUUGAUAGGACUUCCACUAUCCAUAAAUCCAUGACUCAGGAUUAAAAUUGUGCAACCUAAGUAUGUUUAAUCUUAAGAAUACUUCAUAUAAAUGAUGUUUCUAUGUUUAUAAAGACACUGGUGGUUUUUCUUCUGAGAAAGGCAUAGGAAUUUUUUCUUGUUCUCAAUCAGCAUCUGUUUUCAAUCAGGCAGAAGAAACAGCAGAUCUUGGCUGAUUAAGAUGAGAACAAACUUAUAAAUGACUAUAAUAUCGCUAAACCUAUUGCUUUCAGAAGGUCUUGUCAUUAAGGGAAAGAAUGAGUAAAUAUGGUCAAGGUGACAUAGGACAUUUGUGACUCAACCAUAGAAUCACAAAUGCUAAUAUCUUUCUAGACUUGUCUUUUUCAUUAAUUACAUACUCCAGGAGUUCUCAUAGAAUUACAACUGUAGGUUGGCCAAGAGCAUCUUUUUAAAAUACAGGGAAAAAAAUUUGCCUUGCAUUUUAUAUGAGAUAUAUCAUUCAUGUUAUGAGACUACAUUGUUAGCAGGAAUGUUAAAACAUGUUAUUUACUCUAAGUGGUUCUUCUAAAUGAGAUAUGGUGGCUACUAUUAAAAUAUUGUUUCAUAACUUUUAUGUAUCAUAGAGCCAGAAAUAAUUGAAUAUUGAUUCUUGAGUGAAGACUUUUUUCUUCUUUGAUUUCAUGAGCCUCGCUUUUUCUCUUGCUCUGCUUCACCUUCUGCACUUUAUACCUUAAGUGGGACUUCAAUACCACUUUAAUUAAUUAGUAAAAUAGGCAGAAAGUGCUAAAAUUUAUUCUCAGGGCAGAUGCCUAUUGGUGCCUGCAAAUAACAUAGUGAUAAGGUUGAGGGAUAGGUUCAAAAUAAUAUUGAGUAUCUCUACUUUUUAUUGAUAGUUUCUCCCUAUUUCAAAACGAUAUGUGAAUUUUUUUGUUCUAUUUUUUUCUCUUGUUAUCACAUUAGUUGACUUUCAUCUCUAUCAUAAUAAUCUUUACUUUUAGAUUGGUAUUCUUUCAUUGCAAUCUGCUUUAAGUUUAUGGUAAGUUAAGCACAUGUAUGGAAGACUUGGACAUUGUCUAUAGUUGAAAAAAUUAUGAACACAUUCACUGCUUUCCCUAUUUCUUUAUCCAAACACCUGUUCUUCCUUAACAAAUAUUUAUGUUACUGUAUGAAGAAUCUGAAUUAGAAAAUUUAAGUAAAAAUGCAUUGUUAUUCACUACACAAUGUUGACGAUGUUUCAAAAAUAAAUUUCCAUUUGAAAAAAUGAAUUUUCAUUAUUCUACCAGUUGGGGACAAAAGUCAGUAACUAUUUUCCCAUUUAUAUGUUUAGUAUUUCAACUCAAUAAUAAAAAGAAAAGUCUGCUCUGCAAACUCUUAUCUUAGUACAAUGAGGAGGAAAGUGUAUUUUAAAACUCCUAUCCAGUCUCUUGUUACUUCUGUCAUGUACUUGUCCCACCAAGUUCUAAGAAGAGUCACAACUGUGUUUCUUUCCUAUCAUACCACAUAUUCAUUUACAUAAAAAAUUUAUAAUCACAUAAACACAAAAGUUUUCACAUGUAAUCAGGCAGUUAUGUUCAUAGAAAUGCUAAAUGACAGCAUAAAUGUUGCAAGAAGUAUAGUCAACCUGAAGUUACAUUAUGUAUCUUACAACAUAGUUGAGCCCAGUGUUUCAGAGACUCAUAAUUUAUAUACAUAUACCUAUAUCGAUAGCUCUAUCUAUCUGUCUAUGUCAAAUGUGCUCCUAUUUCUCUGGCCACAUGCAGCUUGCUUAACUUUCUAAUGCAGUUGAUGAUUUACUAAUUUCAAUUGUCUUUUAUGGUCAAACAGUCAGGAUUGAGAGGAAUAAAUUUUCCAAAACAACAAUCUUGAACUCAGAAUUCUUGGCCCUUUGCCUUCUGCUCUACCUAGUGUAAAGUUGUGUCCAUCCAUGUAUUUCUAGUGUCCAACACACCUCCUUGCAAAAACAGUUGUUGAGGAAAAUUAGAUUAAACAGAAUGAAUGAAUUCUAGCCCUGUCUCUAUGUAACCUUGUGCACAUCAUUUUACAGUUUAUUCUAUUAGAAAAUAGUAAUAACAACUAUUUAAGUCCACCUCGAUUAAGAGAUAAAAUCAGAUACUUAAUCUGAACAUAUUUUGCCAACUCUAUAAUGAUAUAUGUAGAGAAUAAAAGAUUGCAAAUUUGCCUUCAUGAUCUUCUUCACAGAUUUGGCCAGAUUUUGAUAUUUUAUUGGCUAAAUGGCAGUAUAAAUCUUAUUGACACGGUUUACAUAGUAGAUAUUCUAAGUCAUA